GUCCCUAUAAACCUCCAUUUUCACUCGUUUGUUUUGCACAGCACUGAUCUUUUCUGCAAACCUAAAAGGGCAAAUCACAAAGCAGUUUUUUUACUCGCAGUUAAUUAGUGAAGUUUCACUGAUUUGAAUCAUGGAAUCGCAACACGUCGGGACGCACCAAGGCGAGGAGGAGGACCACCAGGAGAAGUCGGUUUUCAAGAUGGUAAGGGACAAGGCGAAGAAGAUAAAGAACAAGCUCACAAAGCAUGGUCAAGGCCAUGAACACGAGGAAGAUGGUGAAGAUGGUGAAGAAAAAGGAGAAGACCUUGGAGUGCAUGGUGCAACAACAACUGGAAGCCGUGCUACGGGGCAAGGAGACAUUCCGAAGGUACCAGUGGAAAAAUUUGGAGACACGAAAGGAGCAGCGAAGCACGAUGACGAUCCCAAAGUGCCGCAUUUGGAGAAGACUGAUCCGAUGAAGGAUUGCGCACCCGCUUCAGGUCAACGCACUAGGCAAACUCAUUCCGUUCAGCCAGGAGUGACACCCAUGCACGACAAGGUACUCGAGCCUAGGCCAAAUUACCAUGCCUCGACGACGGAGUCUCUCGUUGGGCAUGAUCAAAUUCCAAGCCAGAAGCCCAAAGUUGAUUUCGGGAAGACGUCUGUAACGGGGGAAGCACCUAAUGCCCCACAGAACACUCCUCUGCCUUCCUUGGGAGAGUACAAGUCCAAGGGUGCUGACCCAAGUCAAACUUUCAUUUCUGGGAAAGAAGGGCAUUUAGGUCAAUCUAAGGAGCACACCCCUGUUUCUUCCCUUGGAGGAGAUGACCAGAAAACCAAUGUCGCUGACACAAGGCAGACUUCUGUUACUGGGAAAGAAGGGCAUUCAGGUCAAACCAGGGUCCCUUUGCACCACCGGGGAUUGGACGAUCGCGCCCCUAUUUCCUCUCGUGGAGACUACCAGAAGACCAAUGUUACAGACCCAAGUCAUACUUCUGCUACCGGAAACGAAGGGCAUUUCGGGCAGUCCGAGGUAAACUUGGACCGACCAAGAGGAUUGGAGGAGGAUCCAAAUGCUCGUAUGGCCGACCCUCGGGCGUUUACUCCUUCAAAUGAUCAGACUAAAGUUACUGAUCCUACUAAUGCUGGUGGCGAUGAAUUUGGAAUUACGCAGACUCACCGCUCGUUUGAUAAGAUGAGCAUCCAUGCGGGAGAUACCAAGCCGUCGAACCAGGGCAGUAGUUACACCGAGAAAGCUUCAUCUGCCGCAUCCACCAUUGCUGGCAAGGCGACAUCUGCGAAAAAUGCUGUGGCUUCCACGUUAGGAUAUGGCGGAGGGAACAAUGAUCAACGUGAAGAUGUUAAUCCUUAUGCUUCUUCUCCAGAAAAUGAUUCAACUAAAUCAGGAUUACACCAUGAUGUUGGAACAAAUCAAAACUUGGGCACUGGAAGCCAUGAUCAAUUUUCUCCUGAGCACCCACCGAACCAGGGCGGUAGUUACGCCGUUGCCGACAAGGCAAUAUCUGCUAAAAAUGCCGUCGCUUCCAAGCUUGGAUAUGGAGGCGGGAACAAUGAUCAGCACGAAUUUGUUAAGCCUCAGGCUUCCAGUUAUCAAACUUCAGGAACAGGACAAAAUCUGAGCUCUCCUGAGAAUCCAUCAAACCAGGGGAGCUAUGCUGGGAAAAUAUCAUCAGCCACUAAUGCUAUUGCCGAUGCAGCAAUUUCUGCGAAAAACGUCGUCGCUUCCAAGCUAGGAUAUGGUGGCGACACUGACCAACAGCAACAUGGAGAUCACGCAGCCGUUGGGUCCGGAUCAGCUGCACCUGAGCAACAGGGUAAGGGCAUUACAGCCGCAGUUACUGAGAAGCCGACACCUGUCUCUGAGAAGGUUGCCGGGGCAGGGAGCACCCUGAUGUCGAAGCUCCCUGGCAGUACAGGGACGGCGGGCAAAGAAGAAGUCCACCAGGGUACUGCUACUACCCGGGGUGAGUAUGACAAAGCCGGGAAGGACAAAGGAGUUUCUGUGAAGGGCUAUUUGUCUGAGAAGUUGAAGCCCGGUGAGGAGGACAGGGCGCCUUCUGAGGUCGUAUCGGAAACCCUGCAUGAGCGUAAGGCCGAGCAGCCUCGGAGUGGUGCUCGGCCUGUCGGGAAAGUGACCGAGACCGAGGAGGUGACUCGGCAGUUGGGGCCGGAUUAUGGGGCUGAGGAUGUCCAGCAGUCUGGCUAUGGGAAGGUUGUGGCGGAUACGCUUAAAGGGGCUGUUGGUUCGUUGUUUGGGAAAGCUGAUCAAACCACUGCUUCUCCAGAGUCCCGUGGUUCUUCAACUGGUACAGAGGGUUUCUCUAGUUCUGGCAGUGGAGUGGCGGAGCAACGAGGUCGCGGCGGUGUGGAGAAGCGGAGACUUGACGAGUCCGGGAAGUGAUGGUCGUGGAUGGAAGGAAGUUGGUGAAUAAAUUGGGUUUUUACUUCGUUUAAUUUGUUUUGUUUUGUACUUGGAGAAAAUGUUGUGGGUUGUGGAGUGAUAAGUGUGACUUUGUGAUUUCGAAUGUUGCUUCAUAUGUUGAAGUCUCAUGAUGUAUGUAAUGGAUUAGAAAACAGAGACACUCUGUUUCAGUUCCAAGCAGGGGAUUUUAUGAUUUUAUCUACGUGCACUUACUGUU